GCAUGCGCACGCAGCCUAACAUCGGCUGAGGAGCUUGAUGGUUUGUUUUUAGCUUCUCGUGUGUUUCAACCGCUAAUAACUGACAAGCUUCAUUCAAAAUGAGGACAGUGUUCAUGGUAGCUGAGAAGCCCUCUCUUGCACAGUCAAUCGCCAAAAUACUUUCCAAAGGGUCUUGUACUAGUCGAAAGGGACUGAAUGGAGCGUGCUCCGUGCAUGAAUACAACGGCAGCUUCCAAGGCCAAACGGUUCACUACAAGAUGACAUCUGUCUGCGGGCACGUGAUGAGUCUGGACUUCACUGGUAAAUACAACAACUGGGACAAGGUGGACCCCGCAGAGCUCUUCAGCAAGGCCCCGACAGAGAAAAAAGAGGCCAACCCUAAACUCAACAUGGUUAAGUUCCUGCAGGUUGAAGCCCGGGGCUGUGACUAUGUGGUUUUAUGGCUGGACUGCGACAAAGAAGGAGAAAACAUUUGUUUCGAGGUCCUUGAUGCAGUCCAACCGGUCAUGAACCAAGGCGGUGGUGUAACACGGGUUUACCGCGCCAAAUUCAGCUCCAUUACCGACACCGACAUCUGGAAUGCCAUGAACGGCCUGGGUUGUCCCAAUAAGAACGAGGCCCUCUCAGUGGACGCACGACAAGAACUAGAUCUGAGAAUAGGCUGCGCCUUCACACGAUUCCAGACAAAAUAUUUCCAAGGAAAAUAUGGCAAUCUGGACUCCUCCUUAAUUUCAUUUGGGCCGUGUCAAACCCCGACUCUGGGUUUCUGCGUGGAGCGUCACGAUAAGAUCCAGUCCUUCAAACCGGAGACAUACUGGGUCCUGCAAGCCAAGGUUUAUAAGGGAAAGGAACCGCCCUUGAUGCUUCAGUGGAGCCGGGGGAGGGUGUUUGACAGGGAGGUGGGUCAGACCUUUGUCAACCUGGCAAGGUCCGGUGAAGACGCUGUGGUCGAGUCAGUCAGUAAGAAAGAAAAAAGCAAGCAGCGGCCGCAGGCCUUGAACACAGUGGAGCUACUGAGAGUCGCCAGCUCUGCCCUGGGCAUCGGCCCGCAGCACGCCAUGCAGAUCGCGGAGCGUCUGUACACGCAAGGCUACAUCAGCUACCCUCGUACGGAGACCACCCAUUAUCCUGAGAAUUUCGACCUGAAAGGAACGCUGAAGCAGCAGAGCAGCCACCCCGUGUGGGGAGAAGAGGUGAAGAUGCUGCUGUCAGCUGGCAUGAAUCACCCGAGAAAGGGCAGUGAUGCCGGAGACCACCCCCCCAUCACCCCCAUGCGUGCAGCCUCAGAAGCAGAGUUAGGAAGCGAUGGCUGGCAGCUCUACGAGUACAUUACCAGGCACUUUAUAGCCACAGUCAGUCCUGACUGCAAGUACCUGCAGACCACCAUCAGCUUCACUCUUGGCUGCGAGGCUUUUACCUGUGAAGGGAAAACUCUCAUCUCUGCAGGCUACACGGCUGUCAUGCCGUGGCAGGGCAUCCCUGUGGAAGAGGCCCUGCCCGUGUGCACACGGGGAGACACCUUUUCUGUGGACGAGAUCAAGCUGGUGGAAAAGCACACCAACCCUCCGGACUACUUGACGGAGGCAGAGCUCAUCACUCUCAUGGAGAGACACGGGAUCGGUACCGACGCCAGCAUCCCGGUGCACAUCAACAACAUCUGCCAGAGGAACUACGUGACCGUCGAGAGCGGGCGCAAGCUCAAACCCACCAACCUGGGCAUCGUUCUGGUGCACGGCUACUACAAGAUAGAUGCAGAGCUGGUGCUGCCAACCAUACGCAGUGCUGUUGAGAAGCAGCUCAACCUCAUAGCAGCUGGCAAGGCCAACUUCCAUCAGGUCCUGCAACAUGCCUUGGACAUCUUCAAGCGCAAGUUCCACUAUUUUGUGGAUUCUAUCAUGGGCAUGGAUGAGUUGAUGGAGGUGUCCUUUUCACCCAUCGCUGAGUCAGGGAAGCCCCUGUCGCGCUGUGGCAAGUGCCACCGCUUCAUGAAGUACAUCCAGGCCAAGCCCAGCCGGCUGCACUGCUCCCACUGCGAUGACACGUACAGCCUUCCCUCCAACGGGGCCAUCAAACUAUUCAAGGAGCUCCGCUGCCCGCUCGAUGACUUUGAGUUGGUGUUGUGGACGUCCGGCGCCAGGGGCAAGAGCUACCCUCUCUGUCCCUACUGCUUCAGCAACCCGCCAUUCCGCGACAUGAAGAAAGGCGUCGGCUGCAACGAGUGCAGCCACCCGUCCUGCCAGCACUCCCUCAACUCCCUGGGAAUCGGUCAGUGUGUGGAGUGCGAAAACGGUGUUCUGGUGCUGGACCCAACAUCCGGGCCCAAGUGGAAGAUGGCUUGCAACAAAUGCAAUGUGGUGGUUCACUUCUUCGAGCAGGCGCACAAAGUUCAGAUUGCCCCGGAAAGCUGCGAUACUUGCGACGCCGCUCUGGUUGCGGUCGAUUUCAACAAGAGUCGCAGCCCGCUUCCUGCUGGACAAACGCAGUACACCGGGUGUGUUUUCUGCGACCAAGUCUUCAGGGAUUUCGUAGAGCUCAAGCACGCCACCAUGAGGCACCCCAUGCAUCGUGGAGGCGCACCCAGGCGGGGCCGGGGCAGAGGGCGCCACGGCAACCCCAAAAAACCCAAAGAUAAAAUGGCAGCAUUGGCAGCGUAUUUUGUGUAGUGGAGGUCGCCUGCAUGUCGAUGUUGUGUACAUCGAAUCAUGUUUUCUGUUAUGUUUAAACCUUGUUGGAGAAUUAAAAAUGUGC